UAUUAUCACUCCUCUUUUUGGCCCUCUUCUUCGUACUUCCCUUCAUUUCCUCACUCAAAAAAAUAUCCAACGCCACCGCCCACAGAAGGGAAAGGAGCCGAUAAAAUAUGGAUUCAAUUCUCCGUACCAAAUCCCUGUCUCUCACUCGCCUACGCGCCACCUCGACUUCUACCGUCUCCAUUCACCACAUGCCUUGCCAGCUCGUCUUCCGCCCCGCCCACGCCCUCCUCUUUCCCUUAUCAACCGUCAGCGCUGGCUUUGGCUCUCGCAGGUCUUUCGCUUCCGUUGUUGCUGCUAGCGACACUCUCACCGCCAAUUCUGUUUCGCCAAGAGUUGGAGUAUAUACAGUUGGGGAUUUUAUGACGAGAAAAGAGGAUUUACAUGUGGUAAAGCCAACAACAACCGUUGAUGAAGCAUUGGAAGCUCUUGUUGAACACAGAAUCGCUGGUUUUCCUGUUAUUGAUGAUGAUUGGAAAUUGGUUGGACUUGUUUCUGAUUAUGACUUGCUAGCAUUGGACUCCAUAUCUGGGCAGCGGACUGAGAAUGUCUUGUUUCCUGAAGUUGAUAGCACUUGGAAAAUUUUCAAUGAGGUACAGAAGUUACUCAGCAAAACGAACGGCCAGGUGGUUGGAGAUUUGAUGACACCGGCUCCAUUAGUUGUACGUGAGACAACUAACCUCGAGGAUGCUGCUAGAUUAUUGCUCGAGACAAAAUAUCGGCGACUUCCGGUUGUUGAUGUAGAGGGUAAGCUGGUGGGUAUCAUCACAAGAGGGAAUGUGGUUGGAGCUGCCCUUAAAAUAAAGCGUGAAAUUGAAGGAAAAGCUUAACCCAAGCCUCAAGAAACUUAUCAUUUUGAGAUAUUUUAGGCGUUGGAUAGGGCGGCGCUUGGAAACCUUUCUCCAUUUAUCAAAGAAAAGUUCGGAAAAAGGGUGAUUACGUGCUUUAUUUGGUCAAAUUUCUCCUUGCAUUUGUAUAAUAUAAUUUACAUUUUUAACAUUAUUAUAGGCAUACCAGGAUUGACACAUUGGGAAGGGAGGGCAGUAGUUAAGCAGAAAUUGUUGUUAAUGUUUUUAAGCUAAUAUGUUACUUAAACUUAUUUUAAAACAUCCGCAUUUGCAUUUGA